AUGGGCGAUCUGAUCCAAUCAUCUGCUGCACUGCCGCCUGUCGAAACAAAGUCACACACACAUCCCGAAAACGCGUCACGAUGCGCGUCAGGACAACCCGCUUCUGACCUACCUCCUCCUCCUCGUUCCGCCCCUCAUCGUCUCGCUCUAUCUCCUCACCUCGUUCCCGACGCCCCGUCCCGGCGGCCCGCGGUCCAUCCGGGGCUGAGCAGUCUCGCUGUCGAUACGCGCGCCAGGAGAAUAUACACUGAGGACUGGCUCGAGGAGGGUGGUUGGGCGGAUUUGCCCCUCGGACGGACGCGGUAUUGGUUUGUGGGUCCCAAGAACGGCAAAAAGCUUGUCCUCAUCCAUGGCCUCUCCGUCCCGGCCCUGAUCUGGUCGCCAUUCCUCCCCCACCUGCUCUCAGCAGCGCCGAGGCACCGCAUCCUGCUAUACGACCUCUACGGACGGGGAUACUCGGACGCGCCGCGCGGUAUCGACUACGACACGCAGCUGUACGUGACGCAGCUCGCGCUGCUUCUGCAGCACGUCGGGUGGACGAAGACGCGGAUCGCUGGGAUCAGCAUGGGCGGGGCGAUCGCCGCUGCGUUUGUCGAUAUGUUUCCGGCGCUUGUGGAACGGGACGUCGUCCUCAUCGCGGCUGCGGGUAUCCUCCAGUCCUCCGAUCUGUCACGCACCUCGAAAUUCAUGUCCUCCCCGCUUGUUCAGACGCUCGCUGCGAACCCGCUGAUAUACUCCUACCUUCGGCGGCUUGCUGCCCAGCGCACGGCAGACUGGGACGGCAUCGAGUCACAGGACCCAUCCUCUUCUCGGCGUCCCCCAGUAUCGGCCUUGGAUCCUGCACCGAUCCACGCGUUGGUCCGGCUGCAAUCUGCGCACCUCGCUGGCUUCAAUUGGGCCGUUUCCUCCUCAUUGCGCUCAGGCCCAGUUGUCGGCUUGGAGUGGGCGUACCAGAGCCCGGAGUGGGCCGGGAAACGCGUCCUGCUGGUCCAUGGUACGGCGGAUGAUACGGUACCCGCGGCGCACGCCACGCGCAUUCGAGAGCACAUCGAGACUGCUUCCGCUACUAGGAAGCCUCAAGUCCAAGUUAUCCAUAUCGAGGGCGCUACCCACUCAUUGACAUGGACACAUGCCCCUGAAGUCGGACGCGCGGUCGCUAAAGAGAAAGAGACCAAUCGGCAUCGAUUGUCUAGAUCUAUUUCAGAAUCUCGUCAGCCUCGCGAUCUCCUUUACGGGUUCCCCGUUGACUCUCUCCUCGCGCCAAAGCUCUGCAAUGCGGGUGGCGUUUUGUCUAAGGAGUUCGCCUCUGGGUCCUUUGAGAUCCCUGAAUGCCUGCUCGAACUCGGUCUUCGCGUCUUCAACUGUUCCUGUGAUCUUGGGUGCUUCAGGACGAAGCGAAGGGCCUAG